CAGCAACCCGUUCUUCCCCAUCAAAGAGUAAUAAAGCGUUCUGCCGAACAAUGUUACCAUUUCUAAGCAGCCAUGGGAAACAGAUCAGACCCACCAAACAGAACCAAAAUCAAUCAGAAUUCGGAGGGAAAUCCCUCUUCGUCCUCUCCUUCUACUCACGAAUCAGAUCCUUCAUUGAUGCCUGAUUUGCCUAACGAACUCGCUUUAGAAAUCCUUUUAAGACUUCCCACCAAAUCCUUGGGGAAAUUCAAAUGUGUUGCAAAAUCAUGGUGUUCUUUAAUCUCAAGCCGAGAAUUCAUCAAAGCCCAUUUGGAAAUAGCUUCUGGAAGCCCAAGAUUCAUGAUCACUGUUUCUUCCUCAGACGGUUGCCGGCACGAGCUUCAUUCUGUGAAUUCUAUACUGAACGCAAAUGCUGAAAUCACACCAACUACUGAGGUAUUUGACAUUGAUUAUCCAUUGAAUUAUGAAAAUUCACUUUGGCCUGUGGGUUCUUGCAAUGGGUUAGUUUGUAUGACGACCUGGGACCAUGAAUUGUUUGUUUGUAACCCUGUCACUAAAGUGUUUGUAAAAUUGCCUCAAUGGGGUAUCAACAUGGUUGUAGACUUGAAGUAUUUAGGAUUUGGUUAUGAUGCUUUGAAUGACGAUUAUAAAGUAGUUUUGUUUUGGAAUGACGGUCAAAUCAGUGUGUACAGUGUCAAGACCAACUCUUGGCACAGGAUGGAGAAUUUCCAUGUUGGGUGGGCAGGAAUCGGAGAGGGCAGAUUUCUCCAGUUUGCAAGUGGAAAGUUUUAUUAUCCCAUCCCUGAUGGAAUUGAGGACUGGAAAAUUGGCAGCUUCGAUUUGGCGAAUGAAACAUUUGAAACCAUGGACCGCCCGAAUAAGGAAGAGCGGCAAUAUGAAUAUUAUGAACUUCGAGAGAUAGGAGGUUGCCUUUCUCUGACUUAUGUCGACUAUGAAAGAGAUUGUUUUGACAUAUGGGUAAUGAAGGACUCCUGGGUUAAAGUUUUUUCCGUGUCUCAUGUUGAUCAGCAUCCUGAAACUUAUUACAUAUCUCAAUCAAUUUGUGGUUUAAGGAAUGGUGAAAUAUUGUGCCUCUUAAAAUCAGGGUUGUUCGUUUACGAUGCAGAGACUAACUCUUCCAGGAGGUGUCAGCAUGUAGGUACUAUUGGAAAUGCAAUUCUGUGUGUCGAGAGCUUAGUUUCGCCCUUAUAUCCAUGACAUAGGGCUGCUUUACAAUGGCCAAGAAAUGAUAGCUCAUGUUGCAAAUGGUUUAUCCUGUUCCCCUGCAUUUCCAUUAACAGUGAAAUGUUACUUUCUGAAAUACUUUUUUUUAGCAUAAUUUGUGUAUCUUCAUAUGGCUGAUUCCAUUUCUUCUUCUCUACUGUUACAUAGAGUUUCUUUGCUCUUUUGACCACAACCCGAGAUCAAUGCUUGGGUAGCAUUAAGCUGCGGGUGUUUAUGUGGUUUGACAAUGUGAGUUAGUGUGAUGUUGUCCCUCCUUUGGCUUCUAUUCCUAUGAUUCACUCUUUCAGUUGGAUUUAUCAGUUAAAGUUGUAUACGGAAUGUACAUUGUAGCACAUGCAUUCCAAAUUCAGCCCCAACAAGAUGUUUAGGAAUUUUAUAAGUAAUGAAAAUGUUUUGUGGUUACAAAUGGAAAACCUUGGUUGCGAAAGCAGCAGCAAGCUCCGAACCAGUUUAUAAUUACUGCGGUAAGCACUGAUAUUACUAUUUCAUUCAUUCUGACAUAGGAAAGUAUAGUUGAGCUGUGGAAUCAUUAUCUUGUGAUUUAGGCGAAUAAAUUACAAAGCAGCAGGAUCUGUGUUUUUUUGUUCACGAUUUGUGAAAGUUCAACUCCAAGCAUCAGGCCUCUUUCUCUGACAUCACCGAUGAUUUCAUGCUUAUCUUUGAGGGCACUAAGGCCGCUUGUGCAUUCUCCUGUGUUUUUCUUUCAAUUAUCACUCUCAACACAACAUGUCUAGCUGCAGCACAUACAGGGUUUCCACCAGAAGUGUCGAAAUAGCUUCGACAAGUCAAAACAUCGGCAAUCUCAGGAGUUGUAACUACAGCCCCCAAAGGAACCCCGUUUCCGAUUCCCUUUGCCAUGGUCACAAUGUCAGAGAUAAAAGCAGGCAAAUGACCCGGAGCUAAAUCAAGUAUUCCACCUACUCCCUGUGCAGCCUCUGAAAUAAGAACCAGCAAACUUGCCACAAGUCGAUAACUGUAUUAAAUCUUGAACAUCUUUGGCACACAUCUUGCCACCAGAACCGAUUACGCCCCUGUAUGGAACACUGAUUCAACACUGAAAUAAGAAAUUGAUCACUCAAUUCCACAAAUCGAAUCCCCCUAUAAAGCUUAGCUUAUCAAAUUCAAGCAAAAGGUUUACCCUUUCAAGUUAUCA